AUGAACAAUAACUCCAACGAAUCUCCCGAAUCGCUGGCGCCAUCUUCCGGUCGGCCUUCUCCUUUGCCGAGCCAAGCCUUAUCAGCAGGUGGACGUGGCGAUGUGAGCCCGCCGCAAAGCGGCAAGCUCUUUUCGGGAGAUCGAGGGCUAUCAAGAUUAAAUCUUAUACAAGCUUCGCAGCUGUGGCCACUUACAGCCCAGGAUGGCUCGCCGGGCAUAGCCCAGCAGUGCAUGAUAUCGUGUCCGGAUUUGAAUCGUACCACAAGGCAGCCUUGGGCAACUUCACGCCAAGUGGGAGGCUGGCAGUGCCACUAUGGCAGGCGUGUUUCUCGCUCUCAACCUACCACGCCGCCAGGCUAUGGUUUUCGCGAACGCAUCGCCGUCCGAUUCCGCCGCCGGCGCCCCUGGGAAUCUCCAAGAUCCUUUCGAGGCUCAGCAAACGACCAACUCGACAUGCCGAGGUUCCAAGACGGACGAGAGAGGAGACGGAGAGCGCGAGGGUCUCUAGAACGGCACAGCCCUUCUGACCUUGGAAGCCCUCGACAAAGCACUCCUGUGGGAGAAAGGGCCGCGGGUCCGUUGGUAGUCGCGGGAAUCGCGAUGGCCACCGCUGAGCUGGACAGGCUAAGCCAGGCAUACAAGAAGGAGGAGGGCAAAGAAGAGUAA